AAAAGGUUGAUUUGUUGAGUCGGAGUGCACUUACUGAGACCCUGUAGCUUAGGAUGAUGAACCUGUAGGAAGCGCACGAGUGUAGGGAACACGCUGGGAGUAAGGGACCGGAGUGUGUGUCUGUGUGUAUAUCUAUAGGUCCUGGCAGCACCAUCCGGGGAGAGGGUGAGCCGAGGAGGACACUGACUGCUUGUUUGGUCACUGCCAGCAACACUGGAUGGCUUUUUCCUCUUUUACUCGAGAAUUUCUUGGAUAUUUUUCCAAAUCGGAUUUAUGAUUUGCGCGCUUGGAUACAAUAGUGGAAGCAAACACGCACACACACGCACGCACGCAGGCGCGCGCACACACACGCACACACACACACAGAGGAAUCGAUGGGGAAAAUAAGUUGACUGCUGCCUUGGGGAAAAUUUGUUGUUUUUUCCUCCUUCUAGGAAAAGGAUCGCUGUCAUUUGUGCUCGCCACCAUGGGGGGUUUGGAUACAUAGUGGCUUUGGCACUUGUGAUAUUUUGUUAUUGUUUCUUUUCUUGAGCGCGAGCAACAAUUUCGGAGUGCCAGCUAUCCUGCGCGCGAGAAAAUACUAUUCAAAGAAAUAUACAUCCGUGUGUACACAUCCACACACGCAUAGGUGACUCUUUUGGCAUAUAUGGAGGGAAUUUGGUCGACUUUCCAGCCGUGCGUAAAAUAACUUCCUCCUGCAAACCCCGCAUGCAGUCCCGGCUGUGGACGCGGCCUCGGUGCAUGGAUCAGCCGACAUGGCAUGUAGUGAGAUCUAAAAGAUGAAUGCAGCAUUUCCCACGCUGACACACAUCCGUCGGUUUCCCCCUUUCACACUGCAGGAGAGGGAAAUAAACCCGAGGGUGGAGCAGAUGCGAGGCCAGGUGCUUCCCACCUCCACCAUGCGGGAGAUCUAAGGCCGCGCACUGGAUCAUCCACCACGGGGGGAGCGGGAGUUUUUUUUUUCCAUCGCAUCAAACAUUAUUUUGUUUUAAUUUUAUUUUUUAUUUAGUUUAGCCUUCUUUUUUUUUUGUUGUUGUCGUUGUCCAUUUCUAGUAGGGAUCCUUUUGAAUGCUUGGUAUGGUUCUUGCAAGGUAAAGAGAGAGAGGGAGAGAGAGAGAGAGAGAGAUCUUCUUAGAAGUAGGUCAGAUCUUGCAAGAGAAAGCUGGCCAAAAUGGGAGUGACUCUAUCACUCAUGCUGAUAUGACAUCUUGCUUAGUUUUCUAAAUUUGCCUCUAUCCAAGUCCACUGGAUUCAUGACCGCUUGACCCCCCCGGGCUGCUUCUUCUCUCAUCAUCUUGGCCUGUGAGGUUUCUCCUGAAGAUCUUGUUUUCUUGCAGGCUCUCCCAGAGUGCGUAUGGCUCUUUGCGGGACCACAGCUGCUAACGCGGCCAAAAUGAUGGCGGCGUACAGUGGAGGCGCUUCGGCGGUGGCGGCGGCAGCCCACCAUCCACACCACCACCACCAGCUGGCUCAUCUGCCUCCUCCUCACCAGAUCCAUCACCAGCACCACCACCAUGCCGGACAGCACCAUCUCCAACAGCAGCAGCAGCAUCCCGCUCCAGGUUCGGCCGCCGCCGUCCAUCCUGUACAGCAGCAACACGCAUCCGCUGCCGUCAUGCUCAACCCGAGUCAGCAGCAGCAGCAGCAACCAUACUUUCCGUCACCUGCUCCCGGACAGGCUCCUGGUCCUGCUGCGGCUGCGGCACCCGCUCAGGUGCAGGCUGCAGCCAUCAAGGCGCACCACCACCACCAUCAACACCAUCUACAGCAGCAGCUGGACAUCGAGCCCGAUCGGCCUAUCGGAUACGGGGCAUUUGGCGUGGUCUGGUCUGUGACUGACCCCCGCGACGGUAAACGUGUGGCCCUCAAAAAGAUGCCCAACGUCUUCCAGAACCUCGUCUCCUGUAAGAGGGUCUUCCGUGAGCUGAAAAUGCUCUGCUUCUUCAAGCACGACAAUGUCCUGUCAGCUCUGGACAUCCUGCAGCCGCCUCACAUUGACUACUUUGAGGAAAUCUACGUGGUGACGGAGCUGAUGCAGAGCGACCUCCAUAAGAUCAUCGUGUCUCCUCAACCCCUCAGCUCCGACCACGUCAAAGUCUUUCUCUACCAGAUCCUUCGAGGUUUGAAGUAUCUUCACUCAGCUGGCAUUCUGCACAGAGACAUCAAACCUGGCAACCUUCUCGUCAACAGCAACUGUGUGCUCAAGAUCUGUGAUUUCGGUCUGGCUCGGGUGGAGGAACCUGACGAGUCGCGUCACAUGACCCAGGAAGUGGUGACACAGUACUACCGCGCCCCCGAGAUCCUCAUGGGAAGCCGCCAUUACACCAACGCCAUCGACAUCUGGUCCGUGGGCUGUAUCUUUGCCGAGUUGCUGGGCCGACGCAUCCUCUUCCAGGCCCAGAGCCCCAUCCAGCAGUUGGAUUUGAUCACUGACCUGUUGGGGACGCCGUCUCUGGAGGCCAUGAGGACGGCGUGUGAAGGAGCCAGAGCUCAUAUACUGAGAGGACCACAUAAACAGCCCUCACUUCCUGUCCUUUACACCCUGUCCAGUCAGGCGACCCAUGAGGCAGUUCAUCUGCUCUGCAGGAUGCUGGUCUUCGACCCGUCUAAGAGGAUCUCAGCUAAAGAUGCUCUGGCUCACCCGUACCUGGAUGAAGGACGUCUGCGCUACCACACCUGUAUGUGUAAAUGCUGCUACACCACGUCGUCUGGCCGAGUUUACACCAGCGACUUCGAGCCCGUCACCAACCCCAAGUUCGACGAUGGCUUCGAGAAAAAUCUAACAUCAGUGCGGCAGGUCAAAGAGAUCAUUCAUCAGUUCAUCCUGGAGCAGCAGAAGGGGAAUCGGGUCCCUUUAUGUAUAAAUCCCCAGUCGGCUGCUUUCAAAAGCUUUAUCAGCUCGACAGUAGCUCAGCCUUCCGAGAUGCCUCCGUCUCCUCUGGUGUGGGAGUAGCUAAUGAUGAACGAUGAACAUUACGAUGACGACGGUGAUGACGAUGAAGACGUGAAGGAGGUGGCGGUGACGGUGGCGGUGGCCGCCCACCCUACACAAAUACGAACACACACGAACACACACCUCCGGACUACUGAUGCCCCUUAAAAAGAAAAAAAAACCUGCGUAGCAUUUCACUGGAGUUAGCACUUAGCCGAGCGGCUGAUGUGUGUGUGUGUACUGUAAUACUAACUAAACCUAAAUGAAGUUGUAAAGAAGCAACCACUGCUGAUUCAGUUGAGAAAGAUUUGUGAAGAAGUAUAUAUAUAGAGAGGGAGGGCGGGCGAGCGGGCAGGCAGGUGGGCGUAUGUGAAGGGUGUGUAACGUACAGUAGAAGUAUUUCCACUGCUCUGUGAUCUGUACAGUGGUAUGUGUAGGUAUACGAGAGAGCGAGAAAGAGAGAGAAGUGUGCACACAGAUAACACGCGAAACACAAUCGCACGCCGACGGAUGAAGACGGACGGCCUCUGUGGACUAGUUUGCGUGUUCAAUGGAAGGAAGGCUGUUGCCGUGCAUCUGCUCUGUACGUCAUGCUUUAUUUAUUCACUGAUGGAGAGAACGGGUGCAAUUGCUCCGUAUAGCACGGAGGGCAAAAGCGCACUUUCUACCUCUCUCUCUUUCUCUCUCUCUCACACACAUACGCGUAUGCACACACAUGUAUACACACCCCGGCCUCCUAGCGCAUUUUCCAGCUCAUCACUGUUCCAUUAAUUUAUUUAAUUAUUUACUAGUGAAUUUUUUUCCUAGCUUGUUCUUGGUUUUUUAGGUUGCUAUAUUGUCAUUUUAUGCUCUUUCUCACACUCGUUCAGAAGCAGAACAAGAAAUCAGUAUUUCAGUACAUCAGAUUGCAGAGAUACUAACGGCAAAGCCACUUACGAGAUCGCUGUACGCGGUGUGUGAUGUUCUUCAUACAGUAAUUCAUAGAGAAAUCGCGUGGCAGGAAUCCGGGCCCAAAUAGUUAGGCGUCUGAGAUAAACGGGCCAAAAUCAGGAGCGGUGUCCCUCAAGGUUUAAUGCUGGGGCAGAGCCCAGCAGUCACACUAGCAAUCGACAAAUCUCUGGGGUCACUUAUGAUUAGAUUCUUUUCAGUUCUGAUGAAUGGAAGUGUGUAUAUUUCUAUCUUCUAAAGGUAACUAGUUCAAUUAACACCACGCUAAUGUGUGUGAUACUCCCAUGUCUGAUUUACGAUACAUGCUAACAUUUGUAGUAGCAGGUAUCCUUUCAUCAGAUUAGAUUUGAUUAGCUAAGAAAGGUGACUGUACAAGUUACACAGCCUCGCAGGAGAAUCCAAACAAUCCGCUACUUCCUUUUACGCUUACUUUUUUUUUUUUUUUUUUUUUUUUUACGUAAUACAUUUCUUUUAAAUUUUUCCUAAAUUUUUGCUUCGCAAACAGUAAAUGUGAACUAUUCAGAUCAGAACUAAAGUAAGUAGAAUUGGGGAACUGAAGAAACAUUGAACUCUUUCUCUAUCUAUCUAUCUAUCUAUCUAUCUAUCUAUCUAUCUAUCUAUUGAUCUCUGAAGAUCGGGCUGAGGAAUCGUUUGACCUUACCGUGUCAAUGCCUUGAGAAAAUCUCAAUUCAAAUCUUGAGCGGUUGCAUGUGGCUUUGUCUCUUGCUAGUGUGAUAAUAGGUGUUCAGGCUAAACGCUGAGGUAAAGAAAAAGUAAAAUCCUGCAAAUAACAAAGACGGCAUUCCUCAAGGUUUAGUGCUGAGGCAAAUGUAGUUCAUGAAUGAAAGGGGAUGCCACAAUGCUGUGGGAUAAAAUAUGAAAAAAGUAGUUUUGAGAGACCGAGACUUUUCUUUUCACGUGAAUAAGCAUGAGUAGCGCUCCCGUAUUUACUCAGCUGCCAUCAUAAAAUUAUGACUAAGCACUGGCAUGCCAGUAGUUACGUAACAGCUGAUAUAAAAGGUAUAGAUAUGGAUGUCUAAUUAUUUAUGAAGCUUGAAGUGAGGACAGCAGUGAUUUUUUCCAUAAACAUGAUGCGAUCAACAGCCAUUCCAUUUUACCCAGGAAGAAAAAAACUCAAGCGAAUGUGCAUGUAUGAAUCCAAAGCAUGUGUUUCCGCCUGCCUGAGGCAUCGCACCGGCACUCACUGAGGUCAAUGACACGUCCUCUACCAUGAUGUUUUUUUGUUUUGUUUUGUUUUGUUUUGUUUUUGUUUUUUUUUCUAUCUUUCUUUUUUUUUUUUUUUUUUUUAUUCUUUUUGUUUUGUUAUUGAAGAACCCAGGGACAGAAGGCAUAACUUCACCUUCAUCUCUUUCACACUGUCCGUAACAAGAUCUCUCAAAAAGGAGAAAUUUUUUUUUUUUUUCGAAAAUAAACAAUAUUUAAUAUAUUUUUUAGAGGACUAUUUUUUAAUUUUUUCCUUUAAUGUGCUAUGGCAUGCUUUCCUCAUGAUCCACUGAAUAUGGUAUGUAAAUAUGCGAGUAGUUGAUAGAUUUCCAUGGAGAAGAAAUCCGUGAAAAGGAAGAUGUGCAUAAAAAAAGGAGAAAGAAGACUCGAACACAGAACAGUACUGCUGUAUAGAGGUCAGAAAAAGCCUGCACACUUUUUUUAGGGCUGUGAAAUUUGAUUUUAUUUUUUCGAGACUUAAAAUUGUAAAUAUAUUUUUUUUUUUUCCUUUUUUUUUUUUCUUUACCCUGCACUAAAAAAAAAAAGUGUAGAUUAAAAACAUAAUCCAGAACAGUAUGAUUAUGGAAACAAAAGGACACAUAACCAAUUAUGUUAAUUGUCUUGUGUGUACUGCAAAGCUGUGGAUAUGAGUAGUCUAAUGAAGUAGAACCCUUUAUUAUUACUUUGAUUAUUAUUAUUAUUAUUAUUAUUAUUAUUAUUAUUAUUAUUAUUCUUAUUAUUAGAUUAUUUCUUUAAGGAAACACUGAACUGUUUGUGUAUAUGUAUAUAAUGAAUUCACAUUGUUGGUCUCUACCUCUGGAGCUCAGUGACUUGGUUGUUUACCUCCACAUAUUUUUAAUUUAAUGUGGAGAUUUAAAAACUUGAAUGUCCCUUCCAACUUUUAUAUUCCUAGAAAACCCAGUGCAAAAAAAAAUAUUCCAAAAAAAAAAGAAUUAAAAUAGCGAUCGGUUGGAGGUGGGCCCGUUCUAUCCUUGUACAAAAUUCCAUAUUUCCACGUUUUCCCAGCUCUGUGUUUUUCUGACUGUUAGCUCACACUCAAUCAUUAUCGUCAAGCAAUUCAACCCUCGUCGAUCCAAACGAUCGGUAUUCUUUACUCAAAGGUUUCAAUUUGAAGUACAAAUACAUGGCAGUGCUAAAAUAUUUCGAGCAGGUAUAGAUAGCAUGUCGUAAAUAACCAUGCCAGACUAAAUGGAGUGUGUUUUCGAGAAAGAGACUAACCUGUAACAUGCUUUGGGCCAACUUGAGAAUAAAAAAAAUAAA